UGCAGGGGCGGGCGCAGAGGAGGCUAGGGGACACUUUGUUUUCCGAGAAAGUAGUUGGGAGUGCAGGCAACUGCCGCUGAAAAUCGAGAAGUUGCCGGAUUAACCUGUUCGCCCAAAGCAGCUUCAGCCCGUGUUUUAUUCCCAUGGAGGGAGGGAACGGGUGCCACUGAGUGGGCCGGGGAGUGGGCGCUGAACGGAGGCGGAGCGCUAAGCCCCUCCCGUUGACUCUCGCUGUUGUUUGUACGUUGUUGGUUUAUCUUUAUUUGACGACACUCAAGAGUCGAGUCGCCUCCGCAUAGCCGCUGAAGGCUCUGCCUGGCUCUUCAGGACAGGCGGCGAGAUCUGGACAGGCGGCACUGAGCCACACGUGAAGAUCUCUGGAGACCAUGACUAAGAAAAGAAUUGCUGUGAUUGGAGGGGGAGUGAGCGGGCUCUCUUCCAUCAAGUGCUGCCUAGAAGAAGGCUUGGAACCUGUCUGCUUUGAGAGGACUGAUGACAUCGGAGGGCUCUGGAGGUUCCAGGAAAAUCCCGAAGAAGGAAGGGCCAGUAUUUACAAAUCAGUGAUCAUCAAUACUUCUAAAGAGAUGAUGUGCUUCAGCGACUAUCCGAUCCCAGAUCAUUAUCCUAACUUCAUGCAUAAUACCCAGGUCCUGGAGUAUUUCAGGAUGUAUGCCAAAGAAUUUGGCCUUCUAAAGUAUAUUCGAUUUAAGACCACCGUGUGCACUGUGAAAAAGCGGCCUGAUUUCGCAACUUCAGGCCAGUGGGAAGUGGUCACUGAGUCUGAAGGGAAAAAGGAGACAGACGUCUUUGAUGCAGUCAUGGUUUGCACUGGCCAUCACACCAAUGCUCAUCUACCUCUGGACAGCUUCCCUGGAAUUGAGAAGUUCAAAGGGCAGUACUUCCACAGUCGAGACUAUAAGAACCCAGAGGGAUUCACUGGAAAGAGAGUCAUUAUAAUUGGCAUCGGGAAUUCUGGAGGGGAUUUGGCUGUGGAGAUUAGCCACACAGCCAAACAGGUUUUCCUCAGCACCAGGAGAGGGGCUUGGAUCUUGAAUCGUGUAGGAGACUAUGGAUAUCCUGCUGAUGUGUUGUUGUCUUCUCGACUUAAAUAUUUUAUGUCGAAGAUCUGUGGCCAGUCAAUAACAAACACAUAUUUGGAAAGAAAGAUGAAUCAAAGGUUUGACCAUGAAAUGUUUGGCCUGAAGCCUAAACACAGAGCUCUGAGUCAGCAUCCAACCAUAAAUGAUGACCUGCCAAAUCGUAUCAUUUCCGGCAUGGUGAAAGUUAAAGGAAAUGUGAAGGAAUUCACUGAGACAGCUGCCAUAUUUGAGGAUGGCUCCAGGGAGGAUGACAUUGAUGCUGUCAUCUUUGCAACAGGCUAUACCUUUGCCUUUCCUUUUCUGGAUGAUUCUGUCAAAGUGGAAAAAAACAAGAUAUCCUUGUAUAAAAAGGUCUUCCCUCCCAACCUGGAGAGGCCAACUCUUGCAAUCAUAGGCUUGAUUCAGCCCAUAGGAGCCAUUAUGCCCAUUGCAGAGCUCCAAGGACGCUGGGCCACUCAGGUAUUUAAAGGGCUAAAAACAUUGCCCUCACAGAGUGAAAUGAUGGCAGAAAUAUCUAAAGCUCAAGAGGAAAUGGAUAAAAGGUAUGUGGAGAGCCAACGCCAUACCAUUCAGGGAGACUACAUAGAUACGAUGGAAGAGCUUGCUGAUUUGGUGGGAGUCAGGCCCAAUCUGCUGGCUCUGGCCUUCACUGACCCCAAGCUGGCAUUACACUUAUUACUGGGACCCUGCACUCCAAUCCACUAUCGUCUACAGGGCCCUGGAAAGUGGGAUGAGGCUCGAAAAGCCAUCCUCACCACAGAGGAUCGUAUCAGGAAGCCUCUGAUGGGAAGAGUAGUUGAAAAGAGUAGUUCUAUGACUUCAAAAAUGACAUUAGGCAAGUUUAUGCUGGCUGUUGCCUUCUUUGCUAUAAUUAUAGCUUAUUUCUAGUUGUCCUAUUGUCAUUGCCCCAUUUUCACUGGGAAGCUUGAUCUAGAGAUGCCUUCAGAAUCUGACAAGAUUGACACUCAGCUUCAUAUUGCCCAGAAAUCUACUUUUCUGUCUCUUUCAAAAGCAUUAAUUCACUUUCCUUCUUCCUACAAUGAAAGCUGUUUGUAUUAAUUCAUCUCCCGUCCACUCAUGAUCCAUCAGUCUUUCUUCUGGUAAUCCCUAGACUGUGAGCUCGGGUGCUCUUAGUCAUCUUCAUGUGUCCUUAGCACAGUUCUCGACAUGUGAUAGGUGCUUAAUAAAUGUUUGCUGUUUAUCAGAUUUUAUGGUAGGGAGAGUAAAUCGGCAUCCGUAUAAAAUUGCUUACUCCAUGUAACUCUUCUGAUAGGAUUUGAUUUUCUUUUAGAAGCUCACUUUUUUUUCAUAUUGUAACUCAAUGUUUCCUGAGAAAUAAGAAAAAUAAUGGUCUUAUAAUAGUUGUAUGCAUCUAAGAUAAGAAAUAUAGAUAUUAAGAUAUUUUGUUUCACUUGCUCUUCACUAGUGUACUUGAUACAUGGUCUUUAUUUUCUGAAUAAAGAAAUUACUUUCAA